AUGUGGGCUUUGGUGUAUCUAUUUAUAUCUUCUCAGAGAGUUGCUGGUUGUCUAGUUGCUAAACCAAUAAAAGAAGCAUUCAAAGUCCUUCCUUGUUCAGUGGAUAAAAGAUCUGAUGCUACUAAAAAGGAUUCGAAAUCAGAUUCAACCACUCUUCGAUUUGGGGAAAUCAUAUUGCAGAGGGAAACCACAAAGAAAGCCCCCACUGUCAAUUCUCUUGAAGUGUUGGAUAGGAAGAGCAAUGGAGCUAUUGUCUGUGAAGAGAAAGCUGUAUCCGCUAUUUGUGGCAUUAGAGCAAUCUGGGUCACUCCCUCUAACAGAAGAAAGCGCAUUGCCGUCCCGUUACUGGAUGCUGUGAGGUAA